AUGGCAGACAAAGGCAAAAAGUUUGGCAAACCGGGCGCAGCGCCCCCGCCCACAGACACCAAACCAGCUGAUCAGAAAGGUGAUGCGGCAGCGGAAGCAUUACCGCCAAAGGUAAAAUCGGUGCAGCCCAAGGACCAAGUGGGCACCAGGAAGGGAUGUCGCCGCUACAGGUGGGAAUUCAAGGACAGCAACAGAGAGUUCUGGGUUAUGGGGCACGCGGAGGUCAAGAUCCUAAGCUUGGGCUGCCUAAUAGCUGCAUUGGUCAUGUUCACUGGGACCACUGUGCACCCCCUCCUGACUCUCCUCAUCACCAUGGAAUUGUCCAUCUUCUGCUUUUUCAUCAUCGUCCACACCUUCGCCAUCCAGAGAUUCAUGCCCUUUAUCCUGUGGCCCAUUACUGACAUUCUCAACGACCUGUUUGCCACCCUCUUCCUGAUCGGGGCUGCAGUGCUUGCUGUGCAAACUCGACAAACCAUGCCCGUGUACUACGUGGUCGCUGUGGUCCUCAUUGCUGUGGCUGCAUUUUUCCCUUUAAUCGAUAUAUGUCUUCAAAGAAAACACUUCAGAGGCAAGAAGAUCCAAAGGAAUGUGCUGGCUGCUCCUCAGAAAAAGGAGAAAGGAAAGCCAGAGCCGCCUGCAAAGGGAAAGGAAGAGGAAAAAGCACUGGGAGCAGGAAAGCCCAAGGAAGAAGGAAAGCCCAAGGAAGAAGGAAAGCCCAAGGACAAGGGGAUUAAGAGGAAGAAAAGCAAGAAAUGA